UCGGCAAGCUCAGAACUCCAGACAUGGAUGUAGUGACCUAUGAUGACGUGCAUGUGAACUUCACUCCAGAAGAGUGGGCUUUGCUGGAUCCUUCUCAGAAGGGGCUCUACAAAGAUGUGAUGCUGGAGACCUAUAGGAAUCUCACAGCUAUAGGCUACGUUUGGGGAGACCAUACUAUUGGUGAACAUUUUCAAAGUUCUAGAAGACAUGGAAGGUAA